AUGUACACGUUGGUCAUCUCAAUAUUCAUGCUGACAAUGACAGUAAGAGAGGGAUCUCCGUUCUCAAGCGAGGAAGCAACGUUUUGGAGAGCACUAACUGUGAUCUCCAUUGCAAUGACAUCGUGGGCGCUAGUUGCGUUCUUUCGAUUGGUAUCUGUUGACUUUGCUCAAAUUACAAACGGGGUCGUCACGACGGCCAAGAAAAUCAUGGCUUUUAUGCUGGCUUUUACGAUUGUCUUGGUAGCCUUUGCAGAGAUGCUCUACAUUUCCACCACUGGAACUGAAGAAUGCACCCGACAAUCUGACUUUUGCAAUUUCUUCGAUGCACUGCUGAAGGUCUAUACCAUGUCAGUUGGAGAAGUCAGCGAAGAUGACAUUCCCAAGAAUGGCUUCUCCAUCUUUCUCUACGUUGUAUUUGUCUACGCAGUUGUCCUCUUAUUGGCCAAUGUGUUGGCCUUCAUCAUUGGGAAUGAUAUCUGGAGUAAAGAACAAACGAGCCAGGGUUUCUGGUUGAACCGGAUGAACUAUCUCGCAGAAGUGGGGUCAGUAUUUGCUUCGAAGAAAAGGGAAAUAAAUUUCUUUGGGGGCAGGUGUGAAAUUGACCUUUGUUGCGAAGUCGACUGUUCAGCGGCGUCCAGCAGGACUUGGCAGAAAUUGACGUCGGUCUUUGAAGACAAGGGUCUAGGAACACUUUCGCCAAUGUUUUGGCUGACAAUGGUGCUGCGCUUUCUCUCGGCCAUAGCGUUAUCGCUGUGGGUUCUCAUAGGGCUAGGUUUCUUUGGAGCGUUUUGGCCUGCCAGUGUCAGAGAAUUUUUGUUUUGGGUUCCGACAAAGGAAGAGAAAGCCCAAGCAAAUAAGGAUGUUGCAGCCAAGAACACAACACAAAGUGUCUUGGAAUUGGAGCUCCAUCAAGUCAGAAAGGACAUGAAUGCUAUGGAAGAAAAGCUUUCAAAUGAAAUCAAGAGCAUGGAAGAAAAGCUUUCGAAGGUUUUGGCCUUGUUGGAAAACCAACAGAAGACGCUACCCGCAUCAUGA